UAGCUUUGUGUUGUAACUACACCGCUCUGUUAAACAAGAAAAGAAGAAACGGUGCAGACAUGGCAGCCUACAUGAGAAGCGUGAUAUGUCUUGUCUCCAUAGAGAGAAGUGCUUUACUAUCGAGGGGAAGCGGUGUUGUUGUGGAGUCAAAGCGGUAUGUCCGAGGACUGAGGAGGAAACCUGUCCAGGUGUUGUUCCCCGACAACGAGACAGGUAGAGUGGUGAAGCCUCAGCCUCAGCCUCCUCAGCCAGCCAGGCUGAACCUGAACGUCCAGAGGCAGAAGGAGGACAAAGUCACAGCUUCACUAAAGCAUCCUGGAGAAAGAAACUCUGUUAAAGCGAGGGAUAAUGUGCAGUCAACUAUAAAACAUGCUGUCUUAAAGGAUCACAUUGACGGAGUGCGCUUUGAGAGGGCUCUCCCUGGAGAUAAACGACUGGCGAAGUUAGUGAGUGUUGCCCGUUCCAGGACAUUUCGGGAGCAGCAGGGUAAAAUCCUCCUGGAGGGCAGGCGUUUGAUCUGCGACGCGCUGGACGCCGGAGCCAACCCACAGAUGGUGUUCUUCAGUACCGCGGAUCGGCUCCGAGAGCUGCCCUUGGAUAAGCUGAAAAGGGCCACGCUAGUCAAGGUCAAGUUUGAGGACAUCAAGACCUGGUCUGACCUUGUGGCCCCACAAGGGGUGAUCGCCAUAUUUUCUCGUCCGGACCCAUCGCGGUUGAACUUAGCUAAAAGAGGUCAUUCGGUGCCCCUGUCCCUGAUAUGCGACAACAUCCGAGACCCUGGCAACCUCGGGACGAUGUUGCGAUGUGCUGUUGCUGCUGGCUGCCAUAAUGUCCUACUCACAAAGGGUUGUGUUGAUGCUUGGGAGCCUAAAGUUCUGCGCGCAGCAAUGGGCGCCCAUUUCCGCCUUCCCAUCUAUCCCAGCUUGGAAUGGGAUGAUGUGGAAAAACAUCUCCCUAAACCUGUGACUGUCCAUGUGGCUGACAGCAGUUGCGGCGUUGACAGAAGUAGAGAAACGGAGGAUUCACAAGUCGGCAUGUCUCACAAACCCUCCAAAGCAGGAGACUACGGCUGGGUCAGCACAAGGCCCAAUCGCAACAACACGCGCUACGAGGAAUACGAUUCUGAUUCGGACUCAGAUUGCGAAGAGGGGGGACUUUCACUUCCCAGAGUGGACCUGAAGCUGUACCACGAGAGCUGGGCUCAGAGUCCCACUGCUCUUGUGAUAGGUGGAGAGACACAUGGUCUGAGUGUAGAGGCAGUCCAGCUGGCUGAGAAAACCGCCGGGCACAGGCUCUUUAUCCCUGUCGCUCCUGAUGUGGACAGCUUGAACUCCGCCAUGGCCACCAGUAUCCUUUUAUUUGAGGGCAGGAAGCAACUGUUGAAACUAAUGCAGACACCUGGAAGGAAAUCUAAAGCAGAGCAGCAGAUUUCAUGAUGUUAGUAGCAGUAGGUGACUUCUGGUGUAUAUUUAUCCUUAUAGUGAACCGAAUUAUUUACAUUUACAUUCUACAUCCUGUCCGUCCAAUAAUAAAACUGAAUUUCAAUCAAGGA